AUAAAUAUGAUUCUUGGAAGAAGAUUGAUUAAGCAGAGAUGCUUGGCAUUUAGAGAAACCUGGCGAGGAUUAUCUGAAUAUCCUAAUCCGGAGUUAAAACUUCCCAACCUUAACCUAGACAUGGAGUUUUACCUGAAUCCGGAGAAUACGGCUUUAAUCAAGCAAAAUAUUAAGUCUAGAAAUAGCACAUCGGAUAUAGAUAAAGUUAUAGAUCUAAGUAAACUGAAUCCAACUGCUGAAGUGCUUAUGAAAGAACUGCUUAAUAUCCCCAAUAUGUCCAGCAGUAAGGUUCGUCACUUGACAGAACCACGGGUAGUGUUCCAGCGGGAUUUUAUUCCCCCUGAAUUUAAGAUUCGAAAUUUUGAGGAAAUAAGCCGUAUACUUGGAGGUGGGAGAAUUCAGAACCUAGCUUACUUCAGUGGAGAGAGAACUUAUUAUCUAACAGGAGUACUGGCUGAGCUAGAGCAGGCUUUAAUCCACUGGACAGUUGAUACCUUAAGUAGCAAGGGAUUUAAUCUGAUCUCAGUUCCAGAUAUUUUACAUCCAGAUAUUAUUCAAAGAUGUGGUAUGACAGUAGACGGAGAGAGAAGUCAAGUUUACAGAUUAAGUAAAGAAUUUGGUGAGGCUGCACUGUCCGGAACUGCAGAGAUGGGGAUUGGUGGUUAUUUAAUGUCGAAACAGAUACAAGAUCUACCAUUGAAACUUUGUGCUGUAUCCAGAUGUUACCGAGCCGAAGCAAGCCAAAACCAACAGGAUAAAGGUCUGUACCGAGUACACCAAUUCAACAAGGUCGAGAUGUUUGUUGUAACAUCAGGAGAUGAGAACUCAAGUCAGGAUGCACUAGAACUGGUUCAUUCAAUAGAGAGAGAGCUUUUUGAUCAGCUAGGUUUAUCCUACAGAGUGUUGGACAUGUCGCCUGACGAGCUAGGAAACCCUGCGGCUAGAAAAUAUGAUAUCGAAGCGUGGAUGCCAGGUAGAAUGUUCUGGGGUGAAAUCUCCUCGUGUUCAGAUUGUACAGAUUAUCAAUCUAGACGGUUAAAUAUAACAGAUACAGAUAACAGAUUUUGCCACACUGUAAAUGGAACAGCUUGUGCAGUUCCCAGAAUGAUCAUAGCGUUGUGUGAACAGUUGCAGACCCUGAACGGUUCAAUAUCUAUCCCUCCUGUUCUCCGACCCUACCUAAGAAACAGGGAGAUUCUCCAGGGCAAACCAAAGAAGCUCCGACCAAAUCUGUCCUUUAUCACGAGUGCAAAUUUUAUUGAAAAAACGAAAAUAUAAAAUGUAUAAAUUGUAAUAUUAUUAUUUCGAUGCUGCCAGCCAUUUCUGAAAAACCAGAGGACCCUUCUCCGUGACCUCGCUCCGUCCCGUCUUUGUAAUGAGGUCGUUGUCCCUGUUUAAGAUGAUUAGGGUCGGGAUCCCUGACACUUGGAACUUUUUCUUCAAAUCCUAGACAAACCUUGAUUAUAUUGGGCUCAAGUAAUAUGACAAUUUGGCUUCCCAGAUCCGGAUCCAAGGGGCAAAAUAUCGAUGGAUCCGAAUCACUGAUUUGUACGAUUUGAAGUUGAUAAAUUUCUGUUUACCUGUGAUAAAACUGUUCCAUGCUGUACUGCCAACCAAUCUCCAUGACUUUCCUAUUUUUACAAAAAAUAAAGCAAAUAAGUUUU